ACAUUCGAUUGCACUCUUUAGUUCAAUCAAAAGUUUCAUUAUCCACGCGCUCAACCGGCAGUGUGAAAUUUAAAUAUUCAUUUAAACGUGGGAAAUAAAUUCAUUUCCGUUCCAGUCACCUUGUGACAUUUCAAAUUCAGUAUAGUGAAGCUGGGACAAGAUGCAAGAUUGAUAAAAGGGGAGAAUCCCGCAUAGAGAAGAAUUAAUUCCAAAUUUCUGAAUGAGGAUGAAUAGAGGAUAAUUUUUUUUUUUUUUUUUUUUGAAACUUGAAGAAUUUGAAUUUUUUUCUUUGAUCAUCAGAAUGACGUCGAAUCAUUCGAAUCAUUGCUCGCCUUCCCGAUCAUCUUUAAGCUGUUGCCAGGUGGAUAAUACUAGUCAAAGCGACGUGAAUGAGACAUGCGUGCCUGGAAACAAUAAUUAUUUUAUGCAAGAGAAACACUCUUUCCCAAAGAGGCCGGAAGUCGAUUUAUCCUUUCGGAAUAUUAGGUACAGCAUCAAGCAAUGGAACCUCCGAAAAUUGAAACCUGAGCCCAAAGAGAUUCUGCAUGGAGUCAGUGGAGAUUUUAAAGCUGGCGAAUUAACAGCUAUCAUGGGACCUUCCGGUGCUGGAAAAUCAACACUUUUGAACGUUCUAGCUGGAUUUACUGUUCAAGGUACUACCGGUGAAAUCCUAGUGAAUGGAAAGAAACGAGUACCACACAGUGAAAGGUGGAGAAGAACAUCGUGCUACAUACAACAGGAUUCUUUACAAAGAACGAGACUAACGGUGGGAGAAGCCAUGACUCUUGCCGCUCACCUCAAACUCGGCUACACUAUCAGUUCUGCUUACAAACACACUCAGGUUUUGGAGCUUCUUGAAAUUCUUGGACUUGGUUAUUGCUAUGAUACCUUAUGCGGUCGAUUAUCGGGUGGACAAAAAAAGAGACUUGAUGUUGCUAUAGAGCUACUCAGCAAUCCAUCAGUAUUAUUUCUUGAUGAACCUACAACUGGCUUGGAUUCUGCUUCCUGUAGCCAGUGCAUUGCUCUCUUGCAACGAUUGGCAAGAGUGGAAAGACGAACUGUAGUGUGUACGAUUCAUCAACCUAGUGCUCUGCUCUUCGAAAUGUUUGACCAACUUUACGCGGUUGCCGAAGGUCACUGUAUAUAUAGAGGAUCUAUACAAUCACUAGUACCACAUUUAUCAUCAAUCGGAGCCGACUGUCCACCUUAUCACAAUCCAGCAGAUUUUUUGUUGGAAGUUGCGAUUGGGGAGUACGGAGUCACAAUAGAAAAAUUAAUAGAAAAAAUUGAAAGUAUACCAAAUGAGGACCACACGUUGCCAGCAAUAAAAUCGAGUAUCGAUGAUUUGGACGAUUGUGUUUCAAAUGAAAAAGCACCUCCGCCUGCUGGAUUUUUGGCUCAAUGUUACUUACUCUAUAAAAGGCAAUUGAUCUCUUUAAAGAGGGAUUACACUUUAAUGGUCAUUCGUCUUCUUUGUCAUUUGCUGAUUGGUGUAAUUUUUGGAUAUCUCUACAGGGGAAGUGGUUUUCGAGCGAAUGGAGUUUUUGCUAAUUAUGUCUAUCUUUACGGAUCACUUUUAUUAAUUGUUUACACGGGAAAAAUGGCCGUUACCCUUGCUUUUCCACUAGAGAUGCAAAUAUUGACUAGAGAACACUUUAAUCGAUGGUAUCGACUCGCUCCGUAUUAUAUUAGUUUGCUCCUGAUUGAAAUACCAUUUCAAGCAGCUUGUGCCCUAAUGUAUUUGUCUGUUAGUUACUGGUUGACGGGUCAACCUGUGGAAACACACCGAAUUGUUUAUUUUAUGCUCCUGAGUAUUGCUGCAAGUUUAACUGCACAGGCCUGGGGCUUUUUCAUCGGAGCGACAACUCCCGUACGAAUCGCAGUUUUCGCUGGGCCAAUUAUUGCUGUUCUCUUCUCGGUCUUUGGAUUUUGCAUCCGUUAUAUGGAUACGCCAAAAGUCUUUCGUUGGAUCUUCCACAUUUCCUACUUUAGAGCCGGAUUUCACAGUUUAUUGGUUUCAAUUUACGGUUUCAAUCGAAAAGAUCUAAAGUGCGAAGACACAAAGGAAGUAAUUGCUUAUUGCCAUUAUAAAAAGGGGCAAAAAUUCCUCAGUGAUAUGGAAAUUGCCGACACAAAUGUAGUCAACAAUUUGGUUCUAAUAAUAGGAAUUGGAGUGCUUAUGCAUCUCCUCACGGCAAGUGCACUUUGGUGCAAACUUAAUAGAAGAAAAUUUUCAACAAUGACUGAAGUGUGCCAAAAAUCGAGGAAUCUCAAGAUAAAUUUAAGCCAAAUUAAAAAACAUGAUACAUUCAAUGAUGCUGGAUCAAAUCAAUCGAAUAAAUCCAUUAAUUUGGUUUUCAACAAUAUCUCCUACAGUGUUCGGACUAAUAUUUUAUCGAAAAAAAGAAAACAAUUACUAUUCGAUAUUUCCGGAGAUUUUAGAUCGGGGGAGCUGACAGCAAUUAUAGGUCCAUCUGGAGCGGGAAAAUCGACAAUGAUGGAUAUUUUAGCUGGAUUCACGACAUCAUCAGUAACUGGAAAUAUAAUAGUUAAUGGAGAGAAUCGUGAUUUAGCAUCCUUCAGAAGAUCAUCAGCUUACAUUAUGCAAGAUGACAAUCUUCAACUUCUAUUAACUGUUCAGGAAGCAAUGGACUGUGCUGCAAAUUUGAAACUUAAUACUUCAGCUUCGGAAAAGAAGCACACUGUUGAUCAAAUUUUAGUUGCAAUGGGUCUUUCGAAAUGUCGAAAAACUCGUACUGACAAACUCAGUGGUGGACAGAGAAAAAGACUGGUAAUUGCUUUAGAGCUAGUGAAUAAUCCGCCGAUUAUGUUCUUUGAUGAGCCAACAAGUGGCUUGGACAGUGUAUCAUCAAAGCAGUGUUUGGCUUUUUUAAAAAUGUUGGCACGUGAAGGAAGAACAGUAAUUUGUACAAUACAUCAACCAAGUGCAACUCUUUUUGACAUGAUCGAUCAUCUUUACGUAGUGUCACAAGGAAAAUGCCUUUAUACUGGCGGAACAAAAAAUUUAGUUAAUUUUCUAGCUUCAUUUCAAUUAAAUUGUCCGACAUAUCAUAAUCCAGCGGAUUUUAUACUAGAAAUAUGCAACGGAGAUUAUGGCGAUCAUUUAUUAAAGUUAGUAAACUCGAUAGAAAAUGGUAAAAGUAAAUCUUGGCGAUCGCCAACAGAAGACGAUUUAUGUAAAAUAGAACAACUAAUUAAUGAGAAUAUUAUGACACCAAUAGUUUCACCAAAUCUUCCAACUCCUGCCAUAUUUAUGAAAAAUAAAAUCAAUGGAUCAAAUCAUGCAACUGGAUUUUGGAUGCAAUUGUGCAUUUUACUCAGACAAAAUUUCAUUCGACUUUCUAGAGAUAGGGUUCUGACUUUUAUGCGACUUUCAAUGCACUUUAUAAUUGCAAUUUUGGUUGGGAUUAUUUUCUUCAAUAUUGGCGAGGACGCCACUUACGCAUUGGAUAAUUACAAUUUGCUUUUCUUUAAUGUCAUGUUCCUCAUGUAUAGUGCAUUUAGUGCAACACUCAUAACAUUUCCUUUGGAAGUACCAGUUUUAACAAGAGAGCAUUUUAAUCGUUGGUAUAAACUUCAUUCAUUUUAUUUGGCUAACAAAUUGGCAGACCUCCCGAUACAAAUUAUAGCAACAAUUAUUUAUACUUUAAUAGUUUAUUAUAUGAGUGGCCAAGUAAAUGAAGUGAAGAGGCUGGCCCUUUAUAUUUUUAUAUGUAUUGCCAUCAGUCUCGUUGCACAAAAAAUUGGUCUUAUUGUUGGAAUAGCAAUGAAACUACAGAAUGGAGUAAUUUUUGGACCACUGUUCAUAAUGCCUUUUACAAUAUUCAGUGGUUUUUUUGUCCACAUGAAUGACGCUCAACCAUUUUUACAAUGGUUGUUUCAUAUUUCUUUUUUAAAAUACGGUUUCGAAGGAGUUAUGGUUGCCAUUUAUGGAUACGACAGACCAAAGAUGCGUUGCACCUCAGAUUAUUGCCAUUUUUCUCAUCCAAAACAACUUUUAAAAGCAGUUGGAAUGAGAUAUUCAGAUUAUUGGUACAGCAUUGCCAUUUUGAUUUUAAUUUACAUUAUACUCGAUACUUGUGCCUUCAUAAUAUUGAGAUUGAGGCUGAAACAACGUUUUUAUCGUUAAAAUGUGAUAAGCUUAAUAUAAUAUGUUUAAAAUUGAAUUAUAAAAUGUUAUUUAUUAAAUAACAUUGUAAAGUUUAUAUAAAUGAAGAUGUUGACGAAUUUUUUGUAUUUUCUGCAUAAAAGACAUUUUGAGGGAUGAAUAAUUUUGCCUACGGAGAGGUUCACGAUUCAUUGUACCUAACUUUUUCUUAAUAAAACAUUUUAUUCUUCUUUAUA